CGCUCCAAUGGGCGCCAGGGCCGCCCCCGCCCGCCGGGCUAUAAGAGCGGGAGCGGAGCGGCGAGUCCCGGCCAGCCCAGCCCAGCCCAGCCCCGCGGAGCUCAGCCCAGCCCCGCGGAGCUCAGCCCAGCUCGGCAGAGCCAGCGCUGCCGGAGCCCGGAGCGGCGCGCACCGCGCAGGCACAGCCCCGCUCCCGGCGGGGGCUCCGCGCAGCUUCCCCCGCCAGCGGAGCCAGCGGAGCGGUGCCUUCCCCCGGGAGGAGGUGGGAGCUCGCCGGGAUCUUCUGUCGGAGCCGGCUCGGCGGGAGCGGGACGCGGAGCCGUCCCCGGGAGCCGUGGCCGAGCCGCUGUCAUCUCUCGGGGACCUGGAGGCAUGGCCGAGCAUAUGAUGAUGCCGAUGAGCCACGGUGGCGCCGCGCUGCAGGGCUACCGCAUGGGGGUGAGCGGGCUGCAGGGACCCCCGCAGCACGGGCAGCAUGUGCUGAGGACGCUGCCCGGCGCCGCUCAGAUGAUGCCCUACGGAGGGGCUGGCAUGGACGGUGCCAUGAGGCCGAGAGCCAGCCUCAGCGGACAGAUGGGCCACCACCAGAUGCAGAACGCGAUGAUGUUCAAUGGGCCGGGGCAGCAGCAGCAGUACAUGGGGCCGGUGGGCACCCAGCAGCUCAUGGCCAGCAUGCACCUACAAAAACUCAACACGCAGUACCAGGGCCACCCGCUGGGCAUGAGCAACGGGCCCAUGGGAGCGGGUGCCCAGCAGUACAGAGUGGGGCCGGGCCAGCACCCGGGCAUGCAGCACAUGCCCUCACCGGCGCUGACAUUGAAUGUUAUGGACACUGAUCUUAUAGAUGAGGAGGUCUUGACAUCCCUUGUCCUGGAACUGGGGUUGGACCGGAUUCAGGAGCUGCCAGAGUUAUUCUUGGGACAGAACGAGUUCGACUUCAUUUCAGACUUUGUUAGCAAACAGCAACCCAGUGCCAUCAGUUGCUGAGGGGCUUUGAGCUCCUCCUUGUGUCUUGGUGGUUUUGAGUUUGUUUCUAACUUUUCCCCACCUGCCAUCCUCCUCCCUUCCCCUGCCUUGCCCUGUCCUGGAUUCCUGCCCUCCCCAAAGGGACAAUCAUCGGACACUGGCUUGCAAUGGAUUGCUUUUCUCUUCUGUGUGUUUUUUCUGUGUGGGAGUUUCUGGAGAGGGGGUUGGUGCACCCCAAACAAAGAGGAGAUCAAGAGCUCCUGCUGUAGAACUGCCUCUAAAUGGCAUUAACAGGAUUUCUGGCUUAAGUAGAAAUAAUGGACUUAUGACUUUCCUCAACUAGGCUUGGAGCACAAGAAGCCAUAGGCAGCUGGAAGCCCUGCUGGUAGCUGGAUUUGCUCGUGGAAUCUGUGGUGCCAGUGGAGUUGAAGGAUCCUGAGAGAGAAUUGUCUCCCUGGUGCAUGGUUUGAACCAGUUUUCCCUUGCUACCAUGGGUGGGGUUAGUUAUUUGUUGGGAUGUUUUACUGUGACAGUAAAUAGGUCUUCAGUCGUGUCUGUUCAGCUCGGGAAGGGGCACUUCCCCAUAGCAGGCUUUUUUUCUAACUCGCAAAAAUAAAGUAUGCCUUGGGGAAGGGUGUGCGUUUGUGCCUAAAUGUUCAUCUCCGUGGAACUUCAGAUCUCGGACCUGUACUGCUAAUCAGCUGUAAAAUUUACCAAGUGUUUGAGGUUGAUUCAGGCAUGAGGCUUAAAGCUGCAGUCUGGCUCCACUUUUUUCCACCUCUGAAACCAAAUAAAGACCCUGUAACUGUA